AUGCCUGAGGUCGGGGGGCCGCGGAGCUGUUUGCGGGAAGCGUUUCCCUCUCGGGGCUCGCCGUCCAUGUGCCCGCAGCCGGCGGGGCCUGAAGUCGGGAUGAAUUUCGGCGUAGUCUUCGCGUUCAUCCUCUCCCUGCCCCUGGCCCGCCUGGAGGGGGACCCCAUACCCGAAGACAUUUAUGAGAUUUUGGGCAGCAGCUCAGUGCGUUCCAUCAGCGACCUGCAGCGUGCUCUGCGGAUAGACUCCGUAGAGGAGGAUAGCUCGAGCCUGGACCUGAAUGCAACUCACAUUGGUCAAAGCCCCAUAGCCCUGUCUCGAGAGCGACGAAGCCUAGACGCUCUGGCAGCAGCAGAGCCAGCUGUCCUGGCGGAGUGCAAGACACGGGCGGUGGUCUUUGAAAUCUCCCGCAACAUGGUGGACAGCACCAACGCCAACUUCGUGGUGUGGCCACCCUGCGUGGAGGUGCAGCGCUGCUCCGGGUGUUGCAACAACCGCAACGUGCAGUGCCGCCCCACACAGAUUCGCGUCCGGCACGUCCAGGUGAACAAGAUCGAAUUUGUCCAGAGGAAGCCAAAAUUCAAAAAAGUCGUUGUGCCUUUGGAGGACCACGUGCAGUGUCGCUGCGAAGCGGUGUCCCGUCCACCCCCCAGGAGCAGCCGGCCAGGGCCACGCGAGCAACGCCGCCUGUCCCCUGCGUUCACCACAGCCGCUGUCUCGCAGCGGCAGCGAGUACGCCGGCCGCCGCCGCAGAAGAGGAAACAUAAGAAGUACAAGCAUGUCAACGAUAAGAAAGUGCUGAAAGAAAUCCUCAUAGCAUAG